GCGGCGCGGGGCCGCCUGCGCCUGGACUGCGCGCCCCUGCUGCGCGCGGCCCGCGCGGCCCCCGUCGCUGCCCCGGCGGGCGGGCGGCGGCGCGCCAAGCAGCUGGUGCUGGAGCUGGGCGAGGGCAGCCUGCGCGACGGUUGCGCCCGCGGCCACCGCCUCGAGUUCGACCUCACCGAGCUCUUCGAGCGCUGGCUCCGCGCCGGGCAGGGGCGGCUGCGGGUGCGGGUGAUGCCCGAGAGGCGCGGGGCAGAGCGGGGGCUCUCCGCCGCCAUCCGCGCAGCCCGCCCGAGCCUCCUCCUCCAGCUGUCGGCCGCAGGUCUGAGCACCUCCGAUCUCCCAGCAAGCGACCCUUCUCUUGCUCUGGGUCACUCUGCUUGGAACCUGACCUGGGUCAUGAGAGACACGUCCCCGUUCUUCUCCCACAGAGGACGACACCUAUUUGACUGCGAUUUUGAAUCUCCUUGUGAACUGGAAUUUUCCCUUUCUUCAAAAGAUCAGGAACUUCCCAACAAUGCCUGGUUCAGAGUGAGCGCAGAGGAGAUUUCACGGCUUAACAUCCCAGAUGGGCCAGAGAGAGAUCACUCUGAGAAUACCCCUGCAGGUUUGUUCCUGUUCCUCAACACAUCAGAGAGGCCGAGCCCGGUCAUCCUGAGCCCCUGGCUGAGGAGCAGCAGUGACCAGUGUGUGGUGCAAGUGGCUGUCUACAAGUUUUACCAGCAGAGUGGAGAAUACAUUGCUCGCGUCCUUCCCAUUGAUGAGAGCAGCGGUGAAAUCCUAGCAGUGGAGGGGCCAGAGAAACAUGGGUGGGUUCUGCUUCGAAGGAGAGUUGGACAUCUAGAGAAACCCUUUCGGAUCUCUCUGGAGUACAUUGCCCAUGGGAACAAGAGUAUCGCAGCCGUGGAUUCCUUUGCAAUGAAGAACUGCAGCACAGGAUCUGCUGCUGGCUCCAAAAUGGCUCUGGAGGGUUCCUUCAGCUGCUGGAAUGGAACAACCAUCAGGCUGGGGCAGGCAUGUGACUUUGUCAGGGACUGUGCCGAGGGAGAAGACGAGGGGGAGAUAUGCAAAAACCUUCCCUCUGGCUUUUACUGUUCGUUCGAAGAAGGAGACUGUGGCUGGAUGCGAGGCUCUUCUGUAUCCCAUCCUUCUCCAUGGCGGAUUGGAAGCCCAGAGCACAACCGUUUUCCUUCAAUAGAAGGUUGUGCACUCCUCCUCAACACCAGCAAGGCACCAGCAGUAAUGAACACUGACAUGACCAGCCCUGCAUUUCCAGCUCCCUUGAGGAACUCCCCCUGCGAGCUGCGAAUGUCAUGGCUCAUCCAUGGUGUCUUGCUGGGAAAUGUAUCCCUGGUGCUGGUGGAGAACAAGACGGGAAAAGAACAGAGCUGGACGUUCUGGCAUUCAGAUUAUGGUGAAGGCUUGGGAAUUUGGCAGUGGAUAAUCUUACCUCUCCCAGAUCUACUGGAUAGGUUUUGGUUUCAGAUCAGCGCCUCAUGGGAAGAAGGAUCUGAUGCUAUUGUUGCCUUUGACAACAUCUCUCUCAGUCUGGACUGCUAUUUAACGAUCAGCGGAGAGAAGACCCCUCGAGGCACCACUCCAGACUCCAGCAAUUUGCUCACCAGGGGAGGCCAGAAGAAGUUUGGAUGGGAACAAAAGCUUCUGGGAAAUCUCCAGCUCAACGCUGCCCCCGUUUCUGGCCCAGCAGAUCACUGGUUAUUCACAACCUGCGGUGCCAGCGGGCCUUACGGCCCCACACAGAGCCAGUGCAACAAUGCCUACAGGAACUCCAACCUCAGUGUGGUCGUAGGAGCCGAAGGAAUUCUCCAGGGCAUUCAGAUCUGGAGAGUGCCGUCAACCAACACAUACAGUAUCUCAGGCUACGGAGCUGCUGGUGGGAAAGGAGGGAAGAACACCAUGGUGCGGUCUCAUGGCGUGUCUGUGCUGGGAAUUUUUGACCUCCAGAAGGAUGAUACUCUCUAUAUCUUGGUGGGGCAGCAAGGAGAAGAUGCUUGUCCUAGUACUAAUGAUGUCAUACAGAAGGUCUGCAUCGGUGAGAACAACGUGAUUGAAGAGGAGAUCCGUGUGAACAGGAGCAUCAGUGAAUGGGCAGGAGGAGGUGGAGGUGGGGGAGGCGCAACCUACAUAUUUAAGAUGGAGAAUGGAGAACCGGUCCCCCUGAUAAUUGCAGCAGGAGGUGGUGGUAGGGCCUACAGGGCCAAAACAGACACAUUCCAUCCAGAAAGGCUGGAGAAUGAUUCCUCUAUUCCAGGGCUGAAUGGCAAUUCAGGAGCUGCAGGUGGUGGAGGUGGCUGGAAUGAUAACACUUCCUUCCUGUGGUCAGGAAAAUCCUUGCUGGAAGGUGCUACUGGAGGAAGAUCCUGCCCCCAGGCCAUGAAGAAGUGGGGGUGGGAGACAAGAGGGGGUUUCGGAGGGGGUGGAGGGGGGUGCUCCUCAGGUGGAGGAGGCGGAGGAUAUAUAGGUGGCAAUGCCGCAGUGGACAAUGACCCAGAGAUGGAUGGGGAGGAUGGUGUGUCCUUUAUUAAUCCAAUUGGUACUUUGUACACUCCAGCACUUAAAGUGACGGAGGGGCAUGGAGAGGUGGAUAUCAGACUGCAUCUUAACUGCAGUCACUGUGAGAUGGACGAGUGCCGCGUGGAUCUCGAGACCCAGAAAGUCAUUUGCUUUUGUGAGCCAGGCACAGAGCUGGCGGAGGACGGUGUGUCCUGCGUAGCUGAGCCUGUGGUCCAUCUCCCACUCUCCCUGGUCCUGUCUGUAGUGACCUCAGCAUUGGUGGCUGCUUUAAUUUUGGCUUUUUCAGGAAUCAUGAUAGUGUACCGGCGGAAGCACCAGGAGCUGCAAGCCAUGCAGAUGGAAUUGCAGAGCCCGGAGUACAAGUUGAGCAAGCUGCGCACCUCCACCAUCAUGACAGACUACAAUCCCAACUACUGCUUUGCAGGGAAGACCACAUCCAUUAGUGACCUCAAAGAGGUGCCUCGAAAAAACAUCUCCCUCAUCCGGGGUUUGGGCCACGGAGCCUUUGGUGAGGUAUAUGAAGGGCAGGUGGCAGGGAUUCCCAGCGACCCCACUCCCUUGCAGGUGGCUGUGAAAACAUUGCCAGAAGUGUGUUCAGAGCAAGAUGAGCUGGACUUCCUCAUGGAAGCUCUCAUUAUUAGCAAAUUCAACCACCAGAAUAUCGUGCGCUGUAUCGGAGUGAGCUUGCAGGCGCUCCCUCGCUUCAUCCUGCUGGAGCUCAUGGCUGGAGGAGACCUGAAAUCCUUCCUGAGGGAGACUCGGCCCAGACCGAAUCAGCCCUCCUCCCUUUCCAUGCUGGACUUGCUCCACGUGGCUCGGGACAUUGCCUGUGGGUGCCAGUACCUGGAGGAGAACCACUUCAUCCACAGGGAUAUUGCUGCCAGGAACUGCCUUCUUACCUGUCGAGGGCCUGGGAGAGUGGCUAAAAUUGGAGACUUUGGAAUGGCCCGGGAUAUAUACAGAGCCAGCUACUAUCGGAAGGGUGGGUGUGCAAUGCUGCCUGUCAAGUGGAUGCCUCCUGAGGCCUUCAUGGAAGGAAUAUUUACAUCAAAAACAGACACAUGGUCCUUCGGCGUGUUGCUGUGGGAAAUAUUCUCCUUGGGAUACAUGCCUUACCCUAGCAAAAGUAACCAGGAGGUGCUGGAGUUUGUAACCAAUGGAGGAAGGAUGGAUCCACCCAAAAACUGCCCUGGCCCUGUGUACCGCAUUAUGACCCAGUGUUGGCAGCACCAGCCUGAAGACCGGCCAAAUUUUGCCAUAAUCCUGGAGAGGAUCGAGUACUGCACUCAGGAUCCAGAUGUCAUCAACACCGCUUUGCCGGUAGAAUACGGCCCGGCAGCUGAGGAGGAGGAGAAGGCCACGAUGUGCCCUGAUGAUCCAGAAGGAAUUCCUCCUCUCUUGGUCUCCACGCACCAGGAUAGAAAGGAUGACAAGCAAACUCUGCCACCUCCACCACCCUUGCCAUCAGCCAUCGUUGCUGGAAAGCCUCUAGGGAAAGCGGGAGCCUCAGAACCGCCGGCCCCAGGGAAGGCACAGUCCACCACCACAGGGGGACAUAUCAACAUGGCCUAUGCCCAAUCCAACCCCCCUUCCGAGCUGCACAAAAGCCGUGGCUCCAGGAACAAGCCCACCAACCUCUGGAAUCCAACCUAUGGCUCCUGGUUUGCAGAGAAGCAGGCCAGCAAAACCAGGUCUCUGCUGGAGAAGAAGAUGCCCGAGAGGAAGAGUGUGGAACAAGACGGAAACUGUACUGUGGGGCCCAGCAUUGUGGCUGGCCGGCUGCCAGGCUCCUCCCUGCUAUUGGAGCCAUCAUCCCUAACAGCAAGCGUUAAAGAAGUGCCUCUCUUCAGGCUCCGCCACUUCCCUUGUGGGAAUGUCAACUAUGGAUACCAGCAGCAGGGCUUACCCCUGGAAGCCUCCACACCCCCAUGCGCCAGCAGUUAUGAGGAUGCCAUCCUUCGGAACAAAAGCCACGUAACCCAGCAGGGUCCCUGAGAGCCUGCUGUCCUCAACUUGUCCCCCUGUGGCCCCUGCGCCUUGGAGAGACGUCCCGUUACCCAGUACACCGCAGCAAGGGAGCUGACAGCAUCACCUUCCUUUUUGUGCCACCUUGCUCCUAAAGUGCCACCCUCCAAGCUGUAAUUCCACCUAAUCUGAGAGGCUUCACAUCACCAGAGCCCCAGUGCAGCAGAAGAAGCAAGGGCGGGAGGAUGCAUACAGGAGACGGGCGUUCACUGCAAGGCCCAGUGGCUGUUGCAUCAACUCAUAUGCAUGGUUGUCAUCACACCCUUCCUGAGAGCCUUCCUCAGUUGUGCGUUCUCUGCUUAAGCCGCAGCUCGCUGCCCUGUCUCAUGUCUGGAGCUCUCCCUGCCAGCUCUGCAGUCGCUGUGGAACACCCAGAGAUCUCCUGCAGCUGGCAGAGGUGGGUUUUGGGGAAAGCAUCCUCCACCCAAACCACCAACAGCACUGAAAGGUGACGCAAUGGCACAUUCCCAAGUUGUGUUCCAGCUACAGUCCAGUCGUCAACAGUCCUUGAGUGCAUGGUGGUGGUGGCGGCAGGGCAGUAGAAGGACACUGGCUGUACUGCAUCACUUGAGGAAGCACAAAGGAUGGGUGUAGGUGCAGUCUGGGUGGGAGGGGGUGGCUGGGUGUUUGUUUUGUUUUCUUUUUCCUGUGCUUAUGCACCAAAACUGAGUAAAGCCCUUUCAAAUUCCUUCUGUCCUACAAAAGUUGGAAUGUCCUUCAUCAGGAACUUGUGUGUGUCUCAAGUGGAAUCAAGGUGAAGUUCUAAAGAACUACAGUCAUGAGAGAAACUUACACUGUGCCCUGCAAAUGGGCAGCACCCACACGCCUCCGAGGUUCAUGCAGCCUUUGAUGCACCCUGCACAAACAGUGACGGAGAGGCAGGAGCCUGCAUCGCACCGCAGGCCGCAUGCCAGACACUGUCUCUGUGGGGAGGGUUUGGAGCCCUGGUUCCUUGCACAGAAAGCCUGUACGACAGAGGUUUAAAGACAAACACAGCAUUGACUUGUUUUGUACACCUUGUGCAUGAAAAUACUCCAGUUACGUGUAUUGUCCAAACAUAGAUGUAGGACUUAAUCCAUGUGUAAAGAUGUGCAUUAGUAAUCUCAGCCUAGGGUCACAAGGACCUGUUUUAGCAUGAACGCUAUCCAAAAAGGGUGCCUGUUUCCAUGGGAAUAGGUGAGCUGAAGCAUCGGUAAAGGAACAUGAAGGGGUUCUUCAGCCUAGGACUCUUCAUUCCGGUGAAGUGACUCUGAAUCUGACCCUGGAUCCCAGCUCUGAGUGGGAAAGCAGGAUGAUGGCCAGGACAUGCAGCACACUUGGAAGAACCUGUGUUACCACGCUUAUACUCUUAACAGCUUCUUUCCACGUGGAAGUUCCCUGAUACCUGCAGACGUUUGGUUUCUGACUGGAAGCUGCCAAAGGUGAACGAGGUCAGGAUGUCUGUCCAUCUGCCUUCUCACUUGUCCCUUCAUCUUCUUUUUGAGUACUGCACUUUGUUUCUCCAUCCCAGGCCUGGAAGUGAAGCAAGGCAAGCCAGCUGGGUGUGCAGCAGAAGGUGUGGUGAUGGGAGAGGGGCCUCUGCUGCACCAGGUUGAAAGCACAGGGGCCAAGCCAGCCUCUCACUGCCGUGUGGUAUCAUGCAUCCACUGGCUCCUCCCCGUGUGCUCACAAAAGCAUGGAUGCAGGCUCAGCUGAGCCUGUCUGCCAGGCAACAGGAACCUUGACCUAGGAAUAGCAUAAAAGAGCAGCAAAAACAUCACCCUUUGUGUGUCCCACAGGUAAACCCAUCACAGGAAGACAUCCCAGUUGUCCCAUCCAGCUUCUUUCCGUAACAAAGCUUCAUUGUAGGCGCGUGUCUCAUGUACAGCAGUUUAUGCAGCACUGAUCAUAAAGGAAGGGCCCACACGCUUCAAGGAUGCUAUGAAAGGAACACACUGAUAUGUGGUCAUUGAGUCUUUUGUAUUGACUGGUGUCUUUGUAUUGUAUCGCGUGUAGUGAACCGAGGCAUGGAGACAAAU